GCGUUUUGGAGAGCGAACGUUCAGUUGGUCGGCAAUAAAGAAGAUGGCGCCCUUUCAGCAGUUGGAAGACAAAUCUCUUUCUGGGGUCGCUCACUUGAUGGCAUGGUCUCCUCGAAUGGACCUUCUAGCCAUAGCCUUCGAGUCGGGUGAGGUUGUCGUACACCGUCACCGGUGGCAGAAGGUCUGGGCCAGGCCAAAACCUCGCGAAGAGGGCGUCAUCGUGCAGGCACUUCAUUGGAAACCGGACGGACAGCUGCUCGCGAUCUCAUACUCGGACAGCCGUCUGGAGUUAUGUCACGUUGAGCAGGGACAGGUCGUACAUCAUAUUAAAGAUGAUCGACCGGUGACAGGCCUUCACUGGAUUCUAGAUCCUGAUAGGGAUCGAGUGGGAGAUGUAGUUUCGCAGGACAAUCAUCCCUCAAAGCUAGAGCCUCUGAAAAACCUAAAGACAGCAAGACCGCCUCCUGAGAAGGUACCAUUUAACAUGCUACUGUGCUUGUCACGCGAUACACUCAACCUUUACCUCCAUGGAACCUUGCCCUGCGGCUCAAUUCAGGCUAGCGAUUUGUUGUGCGCGUCAAUGAGCCACGACGCGGCACGAAUAUUCUCAGUAAGUCGUGCUGGGGAGUACAUCGUUUAUUCCACACCGCUUCUCAAGGAGAAACUCGACCAACUCCAGACAAUGGCCUAUUACAACCGACAUAUUGGUCAUCUUGACGAGUAUCUGGGCGCUUCGAUGAGCCUUUUGAGGGAAUCGUGGGAUGACGUAGUACUCGAGAUGGAUUCAAAGUUGAUCAACUUCUCACACGGUGCAUCUUUUUCGGACGACCUUUUGGAACUGGUUGUUUUCGGGACACUUUCGACGGCUCUGAGAGACGUUCUUCUAUACAAGGUUACCCCAAAGGGUUUGCAUAAGCUGAGUGUCAGCGUAGAGGCCUGUUAUAGCAAUUUGACACGAAUUCUUUCUAGCCAUGUUCUACCCGUUUGUCACCGGCUGUUCUUCCACAUCGAGCAAAUGAAAGGACUUGCUUCAUGGAAAGAGUACGCGCUAUGUUCAAUCUCAUUGGAGACACUUGAAGGUCUUAGUCGUGCGCUCAGAUCCUUUGUGCUUAAAGUUCUUGAAUUGCAUCAGGUAGCAACGUGGAACAUUGGAAAUUUAAAGACGUUCUUCCGCUGGUUAUACGGAACCGUACUAUCGCUUACGGACGAAUCCGUUCCCGAGGACGUAUUAAGACAUAUGGAGGGAGAUCUUGCGAAGGUAUCCGCUUACCUCGUCUGCUCUAGAGAUAACGACCUUACGUUAGAUCAGGUCGGGCAAUAUUUGAGUGAGCACCCGCUCAAAAUGCAGAUCCAUGAGUUCGGCAUUCCUAUUUUGAGUGAAUUGGGCCUAUCAGAGCAUCGCAAAGAAACGUCGUUGAUGCUUGAAUAUAUCCAUCUGAAGGACAGCAUUAAGGGUGCAUUUGAAGGCCUUGGCGUCGGAUUUACUCGGGGCGUUCAGCCAAAAAUCCUCGCGGGGCCUAUCGAUAUUGGAAAGGACGUCAUGUAUAGUCAGCUAGUUACCGAGACAAAUGUAUUUACCUGCAUUGUACCAUCACCUGAAUCGCAGCAUAUGCUUGUCUUUCGCGACGAAGAAUUCUGUGUCCUGAAGUUCGGUGCAUUCUUUAGUACCUCAUUGCGUGGAGCCGGCGAGGCAGCUGAACAGCCGAAGGCAAUAGUUGCAGCCCAGCUUUAUUCAGGUGAUGUAAUUACCGUACUUCUUCGAGACCCAGAACAGUUGCAGCAGGUUGUCUUGGCACAGUUUCCAUUGAUUAGAGUCGACGAGUGGCAAGCUGUGGCUGCAUUGCGAGCUGACUGGAGGAUUGGCGCCCUUGACGCGGGGUCAUACAUCGACAAAAUGAACCAUCGAGUUCUCGACAGGUGUCCAAUUCCCUCCAGCGUUGGUAAUGCCCAAGUGCUCGCCGUUAGUGGCUCGAGAAAUCUAUGUUGUGUCCGCGUUAACGGACGGCGGAUGCGUUUGCUCGAGAUGGACGUCAACGAGGACGACGAAGAGGAGGAUGCGGAGGAUGAAGCCGAUGACACUGUCCCUGGGACAUCGCAGGGCCUUGAGGGUAGCAGGGGAUCACUGGCAGCAUCAUCCAACAGGGACCCCCAGCAAACUGAGGACAUUGAUAUCGAUGGGACAGAUGAUGCCGCUGAUGUCGACAAAGAGAACCACCAAAAAAUUGAUAACUAACAAGCUAUUAUAUAUAUGUAUAUAUACAGUGGCAUAAAAAACUUUUGAAUAAGUUCGAAGAAAGUUACUUAACAGAUUUGGGGUCUUAAAUUUUGACCUCUUAACGUUGCAGAGCAGUAAAAUACAGUAGAAACGAGUAAAAUGAAGACUUUCGAACUGCUAAGCAGCCUUUUUUCAAACUGUCAAGUGCUUCAAACAGAGGUGUUUUGUCAAAAAUAUCGCGUGUUAAUAUGAAGUGAGACAAAUACAACCUCGAAGAUGUCGAGUAGUGAUUCGACAUCUAUUAAUAGAUAUUGAUACCGAGCAUUUGAUAACAAAAAAACUCUGACAUGUUAGUGUUUUGAAAUACUAUGUCGCUUGUAUGGUUUGUUGAUUACCUAAUGAUAUCUAUAUUCCAGUGUUGAUAGAAAGUAGACUGGAAUAUAUGUAUAUAUAUGUGUAGUGCUUUUUGUAUCACAAAUAAUGAUAAUACUAAUAAUAAUGCAAUGUUAUCCAAUAAGUAUCAAAUAAACCAACACAAUUAUUGUAAAUUGAAUCUUAUUAGAUUGUUGUCUUUAACUUCAGAAACCUAUGCUUUACUAAUGAUCUUGCAAUGUUUUUUUAAUAUUAAAAAGCUGCUUAAUGUUAAAAAGAAUAAUAUUCGUCCGUCAUUAAAUUUUGAUGCGGCCUAUGUGCUCAUGAUAAGAACUAUGAUCAGAGUUUUUACAUUUAUUGGCUAAAAACCAUAUCUUCAUUUUACUGCUCGUGCAAUAUCUUUUUUUUUUGUUUUUUUAGAGCUUUUAUACUAC